AUGCAGAACCUCCUCGACCAGAACCUCGACAUGGCGACGGCGCUGCUGGCCGGGGAGAAGCUGAAGGAGCUGAUCAUGCCAGGCUCGUCGCAGGACGAGAAGGGCGGUGCGCUGGCGGGGCUCAUGGUGCAGCUCAAGCUGGAGCUGCCCUUCGACCGCGUGGUCACCAUCGGCACCGUCAUCAUCCCCAUCCUGCUCGUCACGCUCGUCUUCACACGCAACUUCGCAGAGGAAAGCAUCUACUGCUACACUCCUCACAACUUCACACGUGACCAGGCCCUGUACGCCCGCGGCUACUGCUGGACGGAGCUGCGUGACGCCAUCCCCGGUGUGGAGGCGGAGCUGCGGCCGUCCCUCUUCGAGCACAAGUUCCUGCCCUACGCCCUGCUGGCCUUCGCCGGCAUCAUGUACAUCCCGGCGCUGGGCUGGGAGUUCAUGGCCUCCACACGGCUCACCUCUGAGCUCAACUUCCUGCUGCAGGAGAUCGACAACUGCUACCACCGUGCGGCCGAGGGCCGCGCCCCCAAGAUCGAGAAGCAGAUCCAGUCCAAGGGGCCCGGCAUCACCGAGCGCGAGCGGCGCGAGAUCAUCGAGAACGCCGAGAAGGAGAAGAGCCCCGAGCAGAACCUGUUCGAGAAGUACCUGGAGCGGCGCGGCCAGAGCAACUUCCUGGCCAAGCUGUACCUGGCGCGUCACCUGGCCAUCAUCUGCCUCAGCUCCCUCCCCAUCACCUACCUGAGCACCUACUACGCGCGCCAGCGCCAGAACGAGUUCACGUGCGCGCUGGGCGAGCCGCCGGAUGCCAGCAGCCCGCCGGAGCACCGCCUGGCGGUGAACUGCAAGCUGCCGGCGGUGACGCUGCAGCGCAUCAUGGCGGCGGUGGACAUCGCGUUGCUCUGCACCAUGAACCUCAUCAUCCUCCUCAACCUGCUGCAUCUCUUUGUGGUGCGCAAGUCCAACUUUGUCUUCGACAAGCUGCAUAAGGUGGGCAUCAAGACGCGCCGGCGCUGGCAGAAGUCACAGUUCUGCGACAUCAACAUCCUGGCCAUGUUCUGCAACGAGAACCGCGACCACAUCAAGUCCCUCAACCGGCUGGACUUCAUCACCAACGAGAGCGACCUCAUGUACGACAACGUGGUGCGGCAGCUGCUGGCUGCCCUGGCCCAGUCCAACCACGACGCCACGCCCACCGUCAGGGAUUCGGGCAACCAGACGCUGGACCCCAGCAUGGACCCCAUGGGGCUGGGGAUCGGGGAGCUGGGCGUGGAGCCCUCAGUCAUCAAGAGGCCCCGCAAGAAGAUGAAGUGGAUGCCCUCCUCCAACCCACUGAAUCAGCCCUUCAAAGAGCCUCUGACCAUGACGCGUCUGGAGAACAGCAUGAAGUCGGAGAAGCCCAAGCCGCAGUGGAAGAAGAGCGUGGCCGACAGCUUCAUCGCCCCCCUGCUGGAUAACAAGAGCACACAGCACCCCCCAGCAAAGGACCCGGCAGCAGUGGACAAGAAGCAUGCACGUAAUUUCUCCCUGGAUGUCCACCCUUACAUGCCGGCCAACCACAACCCAGGACCCCCACCGGCCACCUUACCUCUGGACAGUGUCUACAUUGAGGGCAUGGUCCAUGGCCCUACCUCCAACAGUGAGAAGAAGAGCCCACUGCAGCCCAGUGCCACCACCCCCGUGUUCACCAGGAUGGGCCACAUAGGCAGCGCCUACAUGAAUGGGGGCACGUCUGCCCUGGCCGAACACCUCAGCCCUCCCCACACCCUGGAGCCCCUGAGCCUGCAGCCUCUGGAGCCGGAGAGCCAGCCUACCCCUGCCCCUGGCCCUGCCUCUGCCAGCCCGACCCCCACCCGCAUCAGCAGGAAGCUGUCGCACCAGCUGUUGGCCGUGCACCGCACCUCCUUCAAGGAGGAGGACGAGGAGGAGCUGGUCCAAGACCACCUGGCAGACGGACCGGCUGAGCUCAUCGCUGCAGGAGAGUGCUAA